UGCCUCAGCCCUAUGACUUGAAGUGGUCUAACGGGAGCCUUAAUGCUACUUAGCAACAUUUAGAGUACAGGCACGUGGAGUAUUUAACAGUGUGGAAAGCUGUUUACGGAGAAUUACAACAGUAAUGCAGUGUACUGCGUUCCUAUGGUUAGACAGGCCACUCUGAGGCCUCUAAUUAUUUUAUUUCCUGACAAUUAAAUCAUUUGGGGGAAGGAGUACUCCAUGCUCUCCGAGUUUUUCCACUUUUGAGUCAAAAGUUUUACUCCUGAGAGGAGGUUGAUCCAAUCUCAGGUCUGGAAAUGGAAAUUUUUAUUUUGUGACUCCGUCCCACUGAAUGACCAGUUCAUGCUACCCCACAGAGAGCUCAACCAGAUUGCUCUGGUACUGAGCUGAAAUCUUUUGGAGGAACAACACGUCUCUCCCACUCUGCAGAGCAGGGAAGAUUUUUUUUUCUCUGUUUAUGUAUUUAUUUUUUCUUUAAAAAAUGGGAGAUUAUGAUGAAGACACUGCAUUUCUUGGACAGACCGGUCCUUAUUUUUGGGUCACUUUCUUUCUUCUGAACACGGUUUUUGUGUCCACUGGAUUCAAUGGACUUUACAUAAUCUUUGCUGGAGCGACCCCGAAGCACCACUGUCUCAUUCCAGAUGUUAACUUGACAGAAGAGUGGAGGAAUGCCAUCAUUCCCAUCACAGAAGUGGAUGGAGAAGAAUUUAGAAGUCAGUGCAGCAGGUAUAAGCUCGACAUAGUUAAAAACCUCUCCAGUGAGGGGUACGUUCCAGGAAGGGAUGUCAACCUCACCAACCUGCAGCAGGAAGCGUGCUUAGAUGGUUGGAGCUACAGCACUGAAAUCUACCAAUCCACCAUCGUCACUGAGUGGAACCUUGUGUGUGACAACCAGUGGAAAGUUCCAUUUGCAUCCUCAUCUCUCUUUGUGGGAUACCUUUUUGGCUCCCUAAUAUCAGGACAACUUUCUGACAGGUUUGGAAGGAAAAAAGUCGUUUUCAUGUCCCUGGCGGCCCAGUGCCUCUCCGUUCUCCUUCAGUCUUUUUCACAAUCGUGGAAAAUGUUCUGUAUCAUUUUCCUCUUCGUUGGAGCCUCUCAGAUUUCCAUCUAUAUCUCUGCUUUUGUACUAGGGACAGAGGUGUUGAGUAAAACCAUGCGAGUUCUCUUCACAACACUUGGGGCCUUCUUGUUUUAUUGCAUCGGCUACAUGACGCUGCCCUGGAUUGCAUUUGGUAUCAGAGACUGGAGAACCCUGCUUGCUGUUCUGUCUGCAACUUCUGUCGUUUACAUCCCACUGUGGUGGUUCAUCUCAGAGUCUCCUCGCUGGUUGGUUACUCAGGGAAGAGUGGUUGAGGCCGAGGCCAUCGUGAGAGAUGCUGCCAGGAGAAAUAAAGUUGCUGCUCCUCCUGUAAUCUUUAAAGAGUCUGAGAUACAGGAAAUACCUGCUGGCAGGAAAUACACCAUGCUUGAUAUUAUAAAAUUUAAGAACAUCCGAUGCAUCACGUUGAUGUGUCUCCUUUUGUGGAUGUCAAUAAACAUCGGAUACUUUGGAUUAUCCCUGAACACAUCUAACCUUAGUGGCAAUCCCUUUAUGAACUGCUUCCUGUCAGCCAUCAGUGAAGUUCCUGCCUACAUAGUUUCCACUUUGGUGCUAAGGGUUUGCCCAAGAAGAAUACUUCUGUCAGUGUUCCUCUUCCUGGGUGGAGGAGUUCUCCUUCUCAUCCAGUUCAUCCCUGAGACUGUUCAGCAGGUUGCUUUGGCUCUGGAAAUGACCGGGAAGUUUGGCUUUACCAUGGCCUUCAGCAUUGUGUACAUCUACACAGCCGAGCUCUACCCCACAGUGCUCAGGAACGUUGGCAUGGGAGUGUGCUCCUCUGCUGCUCGCAUAGGCAGCAUCACAGCACCCUACAUCAUCUAUUUAGGUACAUAUGAUAAAGUUCUGCCUUAUAUUUUAAUGGGCAGUCUCACCAUCUCCUCCUCAAUAGUUAACUUAUUCCUCCCAGAGACUCUCCACAGAGAUCUACCAGAAACAGUGGAGCAGAUGCAAGAAUGUCAGGGGCCGUGCAGAAGAGCCACAAAGAGGAAAUGUAUUCAAAAUGGAGCCACACACAACGCACUCUCUCAAUGUGAAGCUAAAUCUGAAGUGGAAACCCUCAACUUGUAGUUAUUGUCUGUAGUAGGACUUAAAGUUUCUUCUUUUAGAAGUGGUCAAGCGUUAAAAGAAAACUCCCUUGUGAUUGUUGUGUUUACACAGUUACAUAACCAGUUUUAGUUUAUCCUGUUGGUUAUUUAGAUAUUUUGUAGGAUGGGAGCAAAAACUGAUUUUUUUUCUUUUUUUCUGGUAAUUAAAUCAGUGUAUUUGUUUGUGAUUUUAAGCCAACAUUUGUACAGUACCUCUAAUUAACUAAAAAUCCUUAUAAAUAAUAAUUUUAACUUUUUAAAAUGAAAAACCAUAGAGAUCAUUUACUCUUUUUAUUAUCAAUUGUGAGAAAAAAAAAGUUUUUUGACACCGAUAACGGAAAAUUUGGUGUUGUAGGCAGCUAAACUGUUCACAAAAACAAAGAUGUUGCAAUAGAAAACAAAUUAAAAAUUUUGCAAUAAAAUAAAUCUAAAAUCUGUAAAGAUUGAAAGCAGAAUUUCCUUAUGAUUUUUGCAUAUUUGUCUGUCGCUUAAGAGGAAAAAUUUGAAGUAUCAGCAGAGGAGUCUACUUUUUUUUUGUGAAGAAUCGGACAUUUACUUGUAACCAAGAAGGAACUAUACUACUGUGUUUUUCUUUUAAUCAAACACAUUACCAGCUGGUUAGAGUCUUUGUUGGUUUAAAGAUAUGAGGAAAACUUGAAAUUUCAAAGAAUGGACUCACAUGCUUUGACAGAUGUUGGUAAAAGUAAAAAAAAUAACACUUCAUGUGAAAUUACAAACAUUUUUUAAAGCAUGGCAAUGUUGCCACAAAAUUAUGAGGACUGCACAUGUGUGCUUUAUUUGUAUGAUUACUUAAAAACAAACUUUGUGGAUUAGAGUAGGACUUUUGUAAAGUCAAACCAUCAAGGUAUGAAAAUUCUUGACUAAAUAAACAAUGUGAAUUUAUGACUGUUACAUAGUAUUUUACUUGAAUCGUGUGCAAGAAACUAGCUCUCACUCCUUUUAUUUUGUUUUUUAAGGCUGGAGUAGUCUUUCUAGAUAGUGUUUAAGCAUGAAAGAAUCCCUUGUUGCAGCUCUGCAGGGUCCAAGACGCCACAGACUAAAACCCCAAAACCAUGGCCCCUCAGUUCUGCUCCCUCAGAGAGAAUCCUGGAAGAUAUGGGUUGAGAAGCAGGAAUAGCACAUCUAUUUUUGUCAAAGUUCACCUUAACCUCCUGAGACUUUGUGUGCACAUGUAUGGGGACAACUAGCCUAUAAAAAGGCACUCAAAAGGAAAGCCCAGGGCUCAGGAGGUUAACCGAAAUGCUAUAAACCCUCAAGAGAAUGUGCAGAAAUCAACAAAUGUAAAGGAAAUGAAACUUUGUGACAUGUAGGAUGCUUUUUUUUGCUUUUGACUCAUCAAAUAAAUAUUGACAAAACAA